CAGCAGCAGCGAAGAUGGCAGUCCAACAAGCCCGAGACUCCCAUCCCCGGCCCAAACAAUGUGCCUGCAACGGACGUACCCUUCUGGCUCAAGCUGGGCCCUCUGACCCGUGCGACACAAGCGUACGGCCGGGCGCAGAGGAAGAGGCCCUGGGUCGUCCAGCUGUGCACGUCGCUGACCAUCUUUUGCCUCGGCGACGUCUCUGCGCAGCACAUGAGCGGGAAGGGCUAUGACCCAGAGAGGACGGGCAGGUCCAUGAUCAUCGGCGGCCUGAUUUCUAUACCAAACUUCGAAUGGUUCAUGUUCCUCUCGCGCAACUUCAACUACUCGUCAUGGCUCCUGUCACUGGCCACCAAGAUUACGAUCAACCAGUGCUUCUUCACACCCCUCUUCAACACCUAUUUCUUUGGAAUGCAGGCGUUCCUGGCCGGCGACAACCUGGUCGAGAUCUGGGAGCGCAUAAAACGAACGGUCCCGAUCAGCAUAGUCAACUCGCUCAAGGUGUGGCCCGCCGUCAGCGCCAUCAACUUCACCUUCAUUCCUAUCGAGUACCGAUCCAUAUUUGCCGGGACGAUCGCCGUCGGAUGGCAGACAUACCUGUCGUGGCUGAACAGGCUGGCAGAGGAGGCAGAAGCAAGAGACAGACCAGCU